AUGGAGGAGAAGCUGUUCACCAGCGUCGAGGAGGAGUGUCUGUACUGGAAGGAGCGGUGCCUGAAGGUGUCGCAGGAGCGGGACGAUGCGCAACGGGAGUUCGAUGACUUCACCACCGAAUCGCGCCAGCUGGAGGCCGAGCUAGAGAUGACGGUCGAACAGCAGGAGAAGAAGAUACGCGAUCUGAACCAGCUGGUGAAUCAGCUGCACAGCGAGAAUGAAUCGUACAAGCGGAAGAUGCAGUACACGGAGAACGAAACCAACAAAAUCGAUGCCGACUAUCGGCAGCUGGCGAAGGACAACGAAAAACUAAAGGUGUACAUACGCGAGUUGGAACAGAAAAAUGACGAUCUCGAACGUGCGAAUCGCGUUGCUAGCGAGAGUGUGGCCGAGUUCGAGUCGAUGCUGAACCAGGCGUACGAAAAGAACGCCCUGCUUGAACUGGAGGUGGACGAGAAAGAACGCAUGCAGAUCAAACUGCAGCGGUUAAUGGACGAGGCGCGUGAUUUGAAGCAGGAGCUGAAGGUGCGCACCCUGAAACCGGACGAACACGGUGAGCAGCCGGAAGGAGCGGGUGACGAAAGUGCCAGCAAGGACGACAUGGGCAAGCCACCGGAACCAUCAGACGAUCACGGAUCGACCACAACCACCACCAUCGCGACAGCAGUGACAUCGGGAGUGAGCCCACAGCAGCUAAAUAACGCGUGUCCUGAAAGCGGGACGUUAUCCAUGGACGGGAGCAAUCUGGCCGGAACGAAGCUAGAGACGCUCAACAACAACCUGAACGCUGCCAGCCGGCAGCGAAGUACGCUCGUAUCCCCACCGGUGAAGCUGUCGGCUAGUAAGCUGAGCGAUUACGGUCGCGAAACGCCCGCCGAUCGGCAGGACAACAAAACGCUCGAUGGUGUCGCUGGAGUCGACGGUACCACGAAGGACCACGUGCUUUUGUCACCCUCCAGCCAGCUGAUAAUUGAACGAAACGGAAACACGACCCCUUCGAUGGCCCUCGUGCCUGGUGGGUUGGGUGGACUUAACGCACCCAUGGCACCGAGUGAUCGUGUGUCGACGCUCAACAUUGUCGCUGAUCUGCUGCGGCGGUUGGACAACAUGGAGGCGAAGCUGAAGGCGUGGAAAAUUCGCAAACCCGCAUCGAGGACGGCAACGGCAGGGAUUGGACCGAAUGCGCCAACGAACCACCGACAGUCCCUGCACACCAGCCACACCGUCUCGAACCUGCACCAUCCCAGCAGCCAUCAUCACCAUAGCAACAGCAGCCACCAUUACCAAAGCAACCACGCGGAUAGUAAUCUCUCUCUCAACUCGCUCGGUUCCGGUGAUGGGACGCUGCUAACCGGGAGCUGCUGCAGUAACGGACCCACCAGCACCACCGGGAACGUGCAGUUGCACUCGUACCAACCCAGCACCAUCACGAUCGGUACCCAGACGUCCCUGCACCAGCCCGCACCAACGCUGGCACCAAAAACGGAGCUAUUGCGAACGAACAAGUAAUGGCCGGUCAUGACGACUAGAGAAGGCGACACAAUUUGCGCUAGGAAGCUAAAACCGUACACAAAACCGCCGGACGGGGUGUGUGUGUGUGUGUAGAGUGGAAGAGAGAAGAGAGAGAGAGAGAGAGAGAGAGAGAGUCUGUGUGCCAGGCACACCAAAUGCCGUUGGUAUUUAGUGAAGGACGGCAGGCCACACCUGCUUCGUUUC